AUGGAUAAGAAGCGACCGUUGGAAAGUAAUGGUGAAUCGAGUGGUAGCAAUAAGAAACUCAAAAGUGACGCUACGUCGAACAGCUCAGUUCUUUCGCAAGCAGCACUCAUUGCACAAAAACGUGCCGAAAUCGCGGCCAAGGUCGCUGUCAUGAAGAGCGGCGGCACGAAUAUCGUUGCACCGACACCUGUGAAGCCUAUGGCGUCUGCUGUGCCUAUGGUCAAGAGCGCCUCGUCCACGCCUCCUGGCCUCCCGGAUGACCUCGCCAAGAAGAUCGCAGAGGCGAAGAAGAAGGUCGUGGCUGCGCAAAGCAAGUUGGCUGUCAAGGAUAAUCCGUACAUGUCGAUUCCGCAAACUGGCAAGAAUAAGAAUAGGCCUGUUGAGCCUGCUCAGCAAGGUGCAGGUCUGAAGAUGGCCGCUCAUCCGCUGUUACUAGACCAGACACCGGUUGCACCCCAAUCGAAGAAGGAUCGGUACAAGCCUAUGCAGCCCAAGUUUGCCUCAAUCAAGGCCAAUACGCGUAACGUCCCAACUCCCCCUCCAGUGCCCACCCCGGUGCCUAUUAUGGAGUCGGCCAAUCCGUACGCACCCAAGGAAACGAUCGAAGGAGCACCCAGGGACCGCAUGGGACGCAACUUUCGAUUCAACCCCAAGGGCAAGUACAUUGCAUUGGCAGACCAGGUUCGAAAAGAGGCGCAGCUCGAGGCACUCAAGCAGAGAAUUGCGGAGAGCGCGAGAAAGGCAGGGUUGGAUAGUGAUAUGGGCAUUGAGAAGAGUGUCAAGCGUGCUCCUCCGCCGGAAGCAGAAUGGUGGGAUGCUGCGUUGCUUCCCAACAAGACAUAUGAGGAUUUGUCGUACGGAAUACAGGCGAUGAAUAUCAAAACGGAGGACUCUCCGAUUACGAUAUAUAUCCAGCAUCCUAUUCCUAUCCCUGCGCCUGGAGACAAGGAUAAAGUGGCAUUGAAACCUAUGAAGUUGACGAAAAAGGAGCAAAAGAAAAUGCGUAAGCUGCGCCGGGCAGGGGAGCUGCAAGACAAACGGGACCGAAUACGUAUGGGGCUGUUGCCUCCUGAUCCUCCGAAAGUGCGUCUGGCGAAUCUGAUGAGGGUUCUGACGAGUGAUGCGGUACAAGACCCAACACGGGUUGAGGCGCGGGUAAGGCGAGAGGUUGCAAUGCGUAAACACGGGCACGAGAAGAUGAAUGCGGAACGGAAGCUUACGGACGAGCAAAGAAGGGAAAAGGUGGAGAAUAAAAAGGCAGACGAGGAGAAGAAGGGUAUACAUGGAGCCGUGUUCAAGGUGAAAACGCUCACGGAUGGGUCUCAUCGGUUCAAAGUUCGAAAGAAUGCUGAGCAGAUGAACCUAAGCGGGUUGUGUAUCUUCAAUCCAAACUUUAGCAUGAUUUACGUGGAGGGCGCGAGCAAGUAUAUACGGAAUUACAAGCGGCUUAUGAUACACCGAAUUGCAUGGACCGAGGCAUCGAGACCACGGGGUGGGGAAGAGGUAGAGCUGCAAGAAGAUGAAGAAGUGAAGAAGGAAGACGAGGUGUCGCUGGAGGAUAACAAGUGCUGGUUAGUAUGGGAGGGAGCAUUGAGGGAGCGAGCGUUUAGUUCGUUCAAGGCAAAGAGCUGCCCGACAGACUCUGCUGCGAAGGAUGUGCUUGGGGAGAGGCUGAAGGGGUAUUGGGAUCAGGCGAAGAAUUGGAAGGGCGAGGAGGAGGCGCUGUUUUGA